AUACAUUAAAACUGUUACCCCCCUGAAAACGUAAGUAAAGGAUUUGAUGUGUGUGGCAUAUAUCCGUUCAAUCCUUCACGGAUCCCAGAAAGUACGUUUGCACCGUCUGUUCCUUUCGAUACGCACAAUUCCUCAAUGCCUGAUGAUCAAAUGCAAGAAGGCCGGGCAAAUAUGACGACUGAUCCAAUCGUAUCAUCCAAUCAUAAUGCUUUGGAGCACAGUGGUGUCUUAUCACCUUCAGUAUCAAGCCCUUGCUCGAGUUCUUCUCAAUGCGUACAGAUUGCUAUUGAUACACAGGAGAAUCAGGUUGAAGUAGUUCAUGCUGAAACGUUUUCAGGAGAUAUUUCUCAGGAACCUCAAAAUGUUUUAGACUUAGAGGAUCCAAAAGUAUUACUCGACUUAAUUGCAAUUAAUUAUUCAUCAAGAGCAGCAGGGUGA